AUGGAACCAGUGGGGCUGGCGGUUGGCGUCGCGGGUCUUGCUGGCCUCUUCAGCACUUGCUUGGAAGCUGUCCAAAGGGUUGCCUCCUACAAAAACUACGGCCGCGAUUCUCGUUCCCUCGCCGCGCAGUUCGACGCCGACAAGCACCGACUCGAACAAUGGGGCCAGGCUGUCGGCAUCAAAGACGGGAAGUUGUCCGAUACCCACCACCCCGCUCUCGAUGAUGCGCAAAAGUUGUCGAUAGUUCACAAAUUGUUGGUCAGCAUUCAAGGUUUCGGUAGCGGUGCAGACGACACCAUCGACCAACGGCCUGCCCUAGCAGACGGCGAAUUCCCGAAAAAUAAGCUGGUCUCUACCCGGCUAGCCCGGCCUCGUCAGAGCGCGCCGACAGAUUCAAAGUUGCGGCGGGUGGCUUGGGCGCUGCACGGGAAGGCAAAGCGCACAGAGCACGUACAGACGUUUGCGACCCUGAUGUUGUGGAUCAACGGUCCUGCGGGAUUCGGCAAAACUGUCCUUUGUGCUAAACUGGUUGAAGUCCUCUCGUCAAGUCUCCAAACACCUGUUGCACAUUUCUUCUUGUCGUCCACGUUCGAGGGCCGCGACGAUCCAUUCAUGGCAAUAAGGUCGUGGAUUGCUCAGGUACUAUUGCAGAGCCAGGCAGCUCUAGAGGUGGUCCACAAGAGUCGAUUAGCCCAACACGAACAGGGUACAACACGAGCGACCAUCAUCAAGCUCUUCCGUGAGGUUUUGCAAGCUGUUCCCUCUUGUACCUUCGUCUUGGACGGGCUGGACGAAUGCACUUGCGUGGAGGAGACCCGAAACAGUGGCACCUCCAUGGUCCGCUUUCUCGGCGAGCUCCGACAAGCGGUCACCGACACCACUGCUCGGAUUUUAGUUGUCAGCCGCAGUGAGCCUGAAAUCCGGCAGGGGCUUACACAGUACCCGGGAUUCAGCGAGUAUACCAUAUCACCCGAAGAUGUUCACACCGACAACAUAUCCUACUCGAGAAGUAUCGUCAACAAUAAGCUGCCCAACAAAGAUGAGCCGACGAGGCUCAGCAUCUCCCAGAAAAUGGCUGAUCGGUAUAACGGUCAGUUCCAGUGGCUGAAAAUGCAAGAGAACUUCCUGCGGAAAGGGAGGAAUAAGAAACAGCUUGAAAAGGAUAUUGAUGAGACCCCAGCCGGGCUUGACCAUCUCUACGACCGGAACUGGGAGUUCAAGCUGUUAACCAAGGCUCCUCUCUACGAUGGCUGGGGGUCCACUUCGACAGAAGACUCACUUUUGGAAUUCAUGUGA